UCCAUAGAAGCAGAAGACGAAGUAGAAGCAAAAUGGCUAACGAUGCUAACUCCCCGCAAAAGAAUACGGUUGAUUGCCAACCGCCAUUAAAACACAUAAAAGAAGAAGAAAACGAAACCAUAACGACACAUAAAAAAUUAAAGGAGGUAUGUCGAGUAUGUGAGAAGCCUUUUACUGUUAAAAAAGACAAACAUAAUUUGAUUAUCGGUGCCCGAGAGCUGAAGCCUCCCUAUACUUUAGCUCUGGAGGAGCUCACCGGACUCGUCGUUGAAACCACAGACGACCUAUUAGCCGUAUGUGGAGCUUGCAGAAAUUUAUUAAACCGAUACCACAGAAGCUCAUGUGAAGCGGAACGGAUCGGUACGUUGGUCAAGUCAAUGUCAGUGGCCCAUACCAAAACAACUCCGACUGGGGGUCGACCCAGAAAACGGAAAUCAACUCCGACUGAUGGCCGUGUGGGAAAAAGGAUCCACAUCGAGAGUCUUGUGAGACGUCUGGGCUUUCCCAAGUCUUCUGGCUGUAGUCUAAAACCUGAGCCUCAGUCCCAGCCUCUACCUCAGCCAACGGUCCUGUCGUCUGAUGAUGGAGCAGUGAGGAAGACUCUUGUAACCAUGACCCCAGCAGAACUUCCUCCACAGCCAGUUCUGUCUGCCGUCUGUAGUCUGAAACCUGGGCCACAGACUCUACCUCAGCCAACAGCCCUGUCGUCUGAUGAUGGAUCAGUGAGGAAGACUCUUGUUACUAUAGCCCCAGCAGUACUGCAUUCACAGCCAGUUCUGUUUGCUGUCUGCAAUCUGAAACCUGAGCCUCAGACACAGCCCCAGCUACAGCCACAGCUUCAGUCACAGCCACAGCUUCAAAGACGGCCUCAGCCACAGCUUCAGAGACGGCCUCAGCCACAGCUUCAGUCACGGCCUCAGCCACAGCUUCAGCCCCGGCCUCUACCUCAGCUUCAGUCCCGGCCUCUACCUAAGCCAAAUAGCCUGUCAUCUGAUGAUAGCGCAGCGAGGAAGACUCUUGUCAUCAUACCCCCAGCACUGCAUUCACAGCCCGUUCUGGCAGCUGUGAGCCAGACAGCAAGAAAUCCAGCUGUUGAGACAAGUUGUAGCAGGCCCCAGCCCCAAUCCCAGCUCCACCCGGAGUCCCAGCAUGCACCUCAGCCAACUGUUGAGGGUUCUAAUGAUGAAGCAGUGAAGAAGAAACCUGCAACUACAGUUCCAGUAGUUUGGUCUGCAGAUUCAGUUAAGGCAGCUGUGAGCCAGACAGCAAGAAAUCCAGCUUUUGAGAUGAGCUGUAGCAGGCCACAGCUCCAAUCCCAGCUCAACCCGGAGUCCCAGCAUGCACCUCAGCCAACUGUUCAGGCUUCUAAUAAUGAAGCAGUAAAGAAGAAACCUGCAACUACAGUUCCAGUAGUUUGGUCUGCAGAUUCAGUUAAGGCAGCUGUGAGCCAGACAGCAAGAAAUCCAGCUGUGGAUACGUGCUGUAGCAGGCCACAACCCCAAUCCCAGCUCCACCCGGAGUACCAGCAUGCACCUCAGCCAACUGUUCAGGCUUCUAAUAAUGAAGCAGUAAAGAAGAAACCUGCAACUACAGUUCCAGUAGUUUGGUCUGCAGAUUCAGUUAAGGCAGCUGUGAGCCAGACAGCAAGAAAUCCAGCUGUGGAUACGUGCUGUAGCAGGCCACAGCCCCAAUCCCAGCUCAACCCGGAGUCCCAGCAUGCACCUCAGCCAACUGUUCAGACUUCUGAUGAUGAAGCAGCGGGCAAGAAACCUGCAACUACCGUUCCAGUAGUUUGGUCUGCAGAUUCAGUUAAGUCUGCCAUCUGUAGUCUGAAACCUGGGUCUCAGCCACAGCCUCUACCUCAGCCUACGGCCCUGUCGUCUGAUGACGGAGCAGUGAGGAAGACUCUUGUUACCAUGGCCCCAGCAGUACUGCAUUCACAGCCAGUUCUGUCGGCCUUAACGAUCCAGGAAUGUGUGACCAGGCUGGUCCAGACUGAUCAGCUUCAGAUGCAACCCACUGUCCAGACUUCUGCUGGCGGACCCCCCGCCCUGAAUUUACAACCACUGCUGAUUCAACUGGAUGGCAGCUAUACCACGACACAACCUGGUCAAAGCACACCGUCGCCUCUCCCUGCAACAACUAAAGCCGGGUCAUCGGGACGUGGUGCACCAACACCGUCUGCAAGCACAAAACCUCCAAUGAAAAAGCAAUCAAAGGUCACCAUAAGAACGGCAAAAUCCCUAAAAAGUCGGAUUGUCUGUGGACCCAUGGAGAGGGUACUUCACCACAUUGUUCAAGGAACUCUGCACAGAAUCCCACAUGCACUUCUGUCUGUCCCUGGAAUGUUUGAUUUUAUGGUCCACGAGAUGACUAAUAUUAUCAGAAACGAGUGCAAGAAGCUAACAAGCCGGAAAUUCACAUCUAUUCUCCGACGGACCAGCAUCGAAGACCUAAAGAACUUUAAAUGGAUGAAUGUUGUUGAAGAGUGGAGGACAAACGCACCGACCUUUCUCAAGUUUUUACAGUGCGCGAGCACUGUCUCCAUUGAGCCCGCUACCACUACUUCAAGAAUACGCCCUAACCCUCCCAGAAGGAUUAAUAAAUACCGAUUACCAAUGGCUGGGGCGAUACUCCUGAACGCACGCUGCGAGUCAAUGUCAGCACAUAUGUACACGAAUGCUCUGGUUAUGUGCCAUAGCGGCUCAAGAAGACGUUUUAAAUGGUUAAAUCGAGUGGGUGUGUGCAUAACUAGCGGGAUGGCUCUUGCAAAGCUGAAAGCAAUGGGACCGGCAUGGGACAAUAAAACCUUCUUCCAAUGGACAGAGAAUGUAUGCAAAGACAGAGCAUCAAAGGCGGCCUCUGAAGGAGCAGACGCAGCGUUCACUAUACCGCCAAUAGACACGGAUUCAGAUGAAUCCCAGGACAGCACUGAAAACGGGAUGUCACCAGAGCACACGCAGCAUGGACAUGGGGACACUGCACCAACUGCGGACAUACCAGACGAACCAGACAAAGACGCAUCAGACGCAACAGACGUAUCAGACACACCAGACGAACCAGACAUAGACGAACUAGACGAACUAUACGAACCAGACAAAGACGAACUAGACGCAUCAGACGCAACAGACGUAUCAGACGAACCAGACAUCCCUUCACCUGCAACCUUCCAGUCUGACUCAGAGUAGCUUCGCUGGAUCAACACACGCCUCCCUAAUAUUGUUUACAUGUAUGUAAUGACUGAUAAUAUGGCAAUGCCAAACAGGGGAAUGAGAGAUGAAGGCCCAUAGUACACCCGUGACUUGUGAUUUUCAUGGGCGCAAGGGUAUAAUCUUUCAAAGGCCGCACGCAUUUUAAACAAAACAUGUUUAAAGAACUAUUAGACUUACCCGAACAGCUGAAGACGAGACAUUCUCGCUCCUUACUUGUCAAAUACCGACGCUUGGUCAGUGGCUCCACGCUUCAAACUACGGUGCUCUAGAAACCGCUUUAGCGUCUGUUUUGGACGUGUCGGUGACCGCGAGUCACUUUCCGCUUGUUACAUGCAGUGUUCUUGAAAAAGAAAAUUAAACUUCAAAACGAAAGUUUAUUUUGGUUUUAUGUUUACUUUGUUAGGUUUAGGCAACAAAAAGUACUUGGUUAGGCUCAGGAAAAGAUGGUGGUUUGGGUUAAAAUAUCUACCUUUGCUAUGUAGGCGUUACGUUACGUUACCUAAGGAACGUAAGGUAAUAAAGUUAUUGCAUAGCCUCCAUAACUUUUUAUAAAGUCAGCGUUGGCUUUUGGCUUUCACGCGGGACGCAAACAGCGGUCUCCUGGGUAAAAGUCUGUUUGUUUGACCCAUCCACCAACCCCAACCUCUCCCACUAAUCGGGAGUUUUGCACUACAGUAGUUGCCAGGGUUUUUCCUGGCUCAGAAUAGGCCUUUGCACAAUAGUAAGCAUGAUCGGUCCCCAUAGAGAAAGGCAAUGAGUCUGUGUGGGUUUUAAUUAGUUAGUUGAAAGCCGGGUGCGUCUAAUACAGGCACUAAAUGGUGCGUUUGUAUCAGACGCUGAGGGCCACUGACCAAACGCCGGUAUUGGACCAGUUUGGAGUGAAACUGCCCUGCUGAAGACCAGGCCAGUCAAAACACAGAUGGACUCUUCGACUAUCACAAUGGGUUCCUUAAACUAGCUUGACUAGAACGGGACUUUGAGGAUUCCGUCGUGUAAGGUGAUGGACAGAGGGCUAUCUGCCUCUUGAAAUUCAAAUUGCUUCACUACAAACAAAGCAGCUAGGAACAAUUAUUGCCGAGAGGCACUUCAACUGCUGCCUGACAUACAUGCAUUUUAAAGUCCUAGUGUUGCGCAUCUGCUCACAUGGAACAGGAACAUACUGUAAAUGCUCGUGGUGGGACUGGCAACAACAUUGCCUUGGAAAUGUGAAAAAAUGUUUUGUGCGCCUCACAAAAACUGGCGUUCUUGUUGUCUGCGUGAUUUUUUCAUUUCAUACAUACUACCUUAAUUAGCAUCGUUAACCAACAAGUGCUUCUCUGUAUUCUGUACACGUAAUAAAAUAACUUGAAAUGA